GGUUUCUGCUUGUCACACAGCUGCAUACAGAUGUUGUCUUCUGACUGAGACUCAUCAGAGCUUCAGUAUUAAAGUGGUUGUGCUGGUGGAAAGUCGGGUGACCGAUGGCGUCGGGGGCACCAUUGACUCGGGCCAAGAACACGCCUCUUAUGACCCACAGGGGCUCUGACCGUCGGCCAGCUCGUGUCAGAGCGGUUUCAAACCUGCUGCCAGGCUGAGAGACGGCAGUCAGUGAAAACAUCACAGUGAAAGAGGAAGUGGGACAGGAAGUGACAGGGAGGGGUGGUCGUGUCAUACAGGAGCAAAACAGACAGAAGAGGAUUUGUGUGAGGCAGUCGAAGGCAGCAGGUUCAUCAUGAGUGUCCAAACUCACCGUCAGUGCAGCAUCGAGAUCCAGAACAAGACCACGACGUUCACCCUGUGCAACCCACGCAUGCACAUUGUGAGCGGCUCCUGCAGCUCGCCCCUGCCUCCCACGCUCAGCCCCUACGAGAACGGCAACGCCCUCUUCAUCAAGAAGCCUCACACGGCGUGCGGCUCUGUGACCGUCUUCACCUACGACCUCCAGCACGUGUCCACCCUGCAGUUCAACGGCAGGGUCGCGGUGAUGUUCUCGGUGCCGUACGACUUCAACUUCUACUCCAACUGGUACGCGGUGGGAGUGUUCGACAUGGACAAAGCCUGCGACCAGCACCUGUACGACGAGAUGUACAACAAGUCGGAGCAAAAGUUUGUCAGGGGCAAAGCCAAGGGGCCGAGCCUGACCUACAGGGGGGCCUACAUCACUGUCAGGGCCACCAUGUCCGACACCUACCAGCCCAUCCUCAAGGUCGCCAUCUGCAACAACUGAGGCCCGCGGCCGCACCUGCAGUGUGCACCAUUAAUCCCACUUAACCCAGUAACACUGGGUUCACACUGCAGGAGACCUGCAGCUGAUCGAUCAAU